CGCUCUAUCCCACAGAGCGCUCGUCCCCGAUCGAUCAUUGCGCCCACUGAAAGAUUAUCCAUCUUUCAGCCCUUUCCAGCUUCAUCAGAAACGCGCGGAUCCCGUUGCGCGUUUCGCUGCCACACACUGCAAUCAUGGCGCCGCCAAAAUCCAAAGCCCAGAAGAUGUCCGUAGGGGCCUUCUUGGCAGAUGAGAACUAUGGCUCGUGGGCCGACGAGAUGGAUGAUCUUCCCCUUCCAUCGUCCACCGAACCUCGUUCUGGUUAUGGACCUGAACGUCGCACUUACGGUGGCCCCCCAACCUCGUUUGGCGGCUUCGAUCAUGGAGAUCGCGGAUACGCAAGAGAGGAGCUUCCUUUACCAACUCAACCUCCAUAUACGGCCCACAUUGGCAAUUUGUCAUUCGACGCUACCCAAGCUGAUAUCUCGGAACUUUUCGAGGCCUGUGAAGUGACCAGUGUCCGUAUUGUGGAAGACAAAUUGACAAGGGCUCCAAAGGGCUUCGGCUAUGUCGAGUUCGCAACCCUCGACGGCCUUAAGAAAGCUCUCACAUAUCAAGGAACUUCUCUUCAGGGAAGAAACAUCAGAGUCAGCGUCGCAGAACCCCCCAAGGAACGCCAUGAUGCUAGAGAUCUUAGUGAUUGGUCCCGAAAAGGCCCACUUCCUGACCUCCCACAACGGAGGGGACCUGAUCGUUCAGGAUACGCCCCUCGUGGUUUCGAUGCUACGUCCGAUGCCGGAAGCGAGCGCGGCGGUCGCCGCCCAUAUGAGCCUGCAGACGGUAAGAUGAGAGACUUCUCCACCUGGGAACGCAAGGGUCCUCUCCCUCCAGCUGCACCAGCCGGUAGGGAAGACGGCCGUCCGCGAAGCAAGGAUGGUCCACAGCUCCGCCGCUCUUCACCCGCUUGGGGCGAAGGUCGCUCACAAGAUGGCUCGAGACCUCCCCGACGCGAGUUCCAAGAACGCCCACCUCCCGAGAGAGCCCCCACCGCUCCGGAGCUCGAUAACCAGUGGAGAGCACGUAUGCGGCCUGACGCUCCUGCACAGCCUCCUGCUCCAGCCGCUGUUCCGGCGCCUUCUCCGACUGCUCCGGCUGCUCCCGCUCUAGCUGUGAGACCUAAGUUAAACCUUCAGAAGAGAACAGUUCCCGACACUGAAAGUAGUAUUUCUCCAUCCGCUGGUGACUCUAAAUCUAGUCCUUUUGGCGGUGCCCGACCUAUCGACACUGCUGCAAGGGAACGGGAAAUCGAAGAGAAACGGCUGCAAAAGAAAAAGGAAGCUGAGGAAAAGGCUAAAGCCGAGAAAGAGGAACAAGAAAGAAUUGCAAAGGAGCAAGAGUUAGCCAAGGAGAAAGCGAAGGAGCAAGCCGCCGCCGCUAAAGUCGCUGCCGAGAGCGCCAAUGGCUCGAAGGAAGGUGGCUCCGAACUUCCCCAAGGCGGGUCCAACUUUGAGAUCCUCCAGCGGAUGGAAGAGACGGAAAAUGGAGAACCUGCAGCCGCGCCUCCUCAGGAAGCUUCAGCGACUCCUGCUGCUCCUACGGAAGAACCCCAAACUCCUAAGGAAGGUAGUCGCCCACAGCCUCCCAGUAGAGCCCAUAACAACUGGAGAACCGGAGGCCCAAGACGCGGUCAGGGUCAUGGCCAGCAAGGGCCCCGGAACCGUGGUCCACCAAAGCCUGCAGCACCACAGCAGCCAAGUGCUCCGGUUGUAGAUGAAGAAGGCUGGAGCACCGUCAGCUCUAAGACUCGAGGUGGUCGUCGCGGAGGAUAUCGCAACGCGGCCUAGAGGCGUUAAUCGUUCCAGAGCCAAUACUCUUAACCAUUUACCAGAGUCUCGAGAGCAAGAUAUCUCUAGUAUGACCGUAAAGUCUGCCCUGUGACCGAAAAGGCCUUGCUUACCGACCCCUCGCGACCGCCAUCCCUGACGAUCCUAUUUCUCCUUCCUCAUAAUCAUCCUUUACUCAGCUUCCGAAGACAUGAAUUGUGUGUUCCUUGUCUAUGUACCGUUUCUUGAAAUCUGUGAUUUUCGGAGCACACCUUCCAUCUAUCAAACAGUCAAUCUUCUUUCGCGCCUAUUCUCCAUCUUUCAAAAUUCCCCUUUGAUUGUGCCAACUUACGUGUGAUAUGCAAGCUCCGAAUCUCGGAAUGUUUUAAUGUUACCAUAGCUAGGAGGAAAACGGGAUACGUGUUUCGACUUACUCUUUUUCUUUCAUUUCUUCACGGUUUAUCUACUUUCUUCGCGAUGGAAUUUUCCUUGUGGACUUCUGCCUUCUCAAUCUACAUACCUAGGUUCCCGAACCCAUUAGCCCCCUGACUAUCUUCACGCCCCUUGUUCCCCACCUCGAAAAGAAAUUUGAAAAUUCUCGGCUAGGGAGCAAUCUGGAGUGAGGAGUUUUUUUUUUUUCUUUUCCUCUAUUUUAUUUCUUCCAGUCAACUGAAAAGAAUGGUUCAUUUGGUUUAUUCGCCCUUUUUUUUUUCACCCCCUUUCAUAUCCUCUGGAGUCGUCCAACUCAUUAUUUGUUCGACGAAAGCUCCCAAAAAAGACCCCUAGAGAGUUAUCAUCCGGCCCUUCUCAUCCAAGUCCAUUAAGCGGUCUCCGUUUGAGAUCCAUGGUCUGCGUGCGUGCUAUUCUCUCUAGGCUAUAUUUCGAAGUUCGAACGCCCCCUCCCAAUUUCUCUGGUUGAUACGCGUGGAUGUCGCUUCUAUGAGAUAUGCUUUGUCAAAAUCGCCGUCACUGUACCCUUAUGUGUAAAUUUGAAUAGAUUAUUCGACAGAU